UUCGUUGAAUGAAUGCAUUCUGCUUUCCGUGCACUGACCAAUAACCUUUCUUCCCUCUUCGACGCGUCAACCAGGCGCACCCACUCCACCUCUUAACCCCUCUCUGGAGUAACGGAGUUUAGUCUGGAUGGAAACAGUAGAUGCAUACUAGUGGGAAGUCAAGAACAAGGCCCUGCAAAACGGAGCUAAAAGGCUAAGACAGCGGCAGCCACUUUUACCCGGGAGCAGCGGGUUUGUUUGAUCCAAACUGGGAGGACUGCACUUUUUGUGUUCCAGGCUUUCUCAGGACACACCCAGCUCUAACUUCAACACAGGAAUUAAACGACCGGAAAAGAGAGACAAGGCACACAUCUGUAUUUUCUGUGAGAGCAGCCUGGCAAAGUCACAAAGAGUGUGAGAUAAACCCAGCACAGACGUUCCAGCUGUACCAUCCCUGCAGCAAUGGUUGACCCCAGCGAAGACUAUAACUACACCUACGAAUACUUAGACUAUGGUGACAUUGAUGAUAUUAAAGUUGAGCACAGGCAGACAGAACCUAUGCACAUUUUCUCCGUAGUUAUCUACAUUAUUUCUUUUAUACUUGGCGUGAUUGGUAAUGGAACUGUCAUUUGGGUGAUGGCAUUUAAAAGCAAAAAGACAGUCAACAGCGUGUGGCUGCUCAAUCUUGCCAUGGCUGAUUUUGUAUUUGUGCUCUUCUUGCCCUUCUACAUUGAUUACAUUCUGCGGGACUUCCACUGGGACUUUGGUGUGGCCAUGUGUAAGAUUAACUCAUUUGUGUCUGGUAUGAACAUGUAUGCCAGUGUGCUGUUUGUCACCGUGCUCAGUAUAGACAGGUAUGUUUCUCUUGUCCAUCUUACCUGGUGUCAGAAGUAUCGCACUGUAGGACGUGCCUGGAUUGUAUGCAGCAAUAUUUGGGUAAUAGCUGCCACCUUGAGCUGUCCCGCUCUGAUCUUUCGGGACACGAUAGCCUUAGGUGACAAGGUGGUGUGCUUCAACAACUUCCACACACACGACACACAUAUAAUAGCCAUGAGACACAUCACAAUAGUGACUCUCCGUACUACUGUGGGAUUUCUUCUGCCAUUUACAGCUAUAAGUGUGACAGGCAUACUUCUGAUAGUGAAAACGAAACAAUCUGGGGGUUCAUUUCACUGGUCUAGCUUCUCCAAAACAGUCACUGCAGUAAUCUUGGCCUUCUUUUUGUGCUGGGCACCUUUUCAUACUUUUAGCUUGAUGGAGUUAACCAUACACUCCCAAGUUUACCUGCAUAACCUACUGAGAGCUGGCUUUCCUUUAGCCACCAGCUUAGGCUUUUUUAACAGUUGUAUAAAUCCCCUGCUGUACAUGUUCCUGAGCAAAAAAGUUCGCCAUAUCCUGAAGCAUGGCUGUCUGGACAUAACUAAGAGUUCACUCAGGGAGUUCAGCCAGUCGAUCUCUGCCACUGAGAUAGAGUCUGUGACAGGAGUUCGUCAGGACGGUGUUCCCGACGAGCCCGUGGAGUCAUCAGCACUGUGAUAGCUCCCGUCCCCAGACUUGUGAAGCUGUCCAUGAAAAAAUUUUAUUACUUUAGCAUAAAUGUGGAGGGUUAUUGCAGUUGUUAAGAUUUUCCCAUGUUGUUUCAUUUGGGCAAAGUCAAGCCAACUUCAACUGACAAUUACGCUUCAUGGAUAAUGGAAAAUGGAACAUAAACACGGAGCCAGUAUCUUUCCAUCUACUUUACAUAAGCCUAGUUAUCUACAGAGAAACAGGCAGAUGAAAUUAAAACUGUUAAGCUGUUCAACAGAAAAUCAAUCUGCAAUUAUUUUGGUUACUAAUCAUUUAAAUAAAUCGCAAAACAAACACACCAUGAAGUAUCUGGUUCCAGCAAACAGGAACUGACCAGUGAUGGUUGGACUGCUGCUUACAAUAAUCAAGCAAUUUCUAGGUGCCUCCCUGGGCAGGGGAAUAUUGUGAUGGAUGACUGUUAUGACUAUUUUAUGUAAUAAAUCAUGAAAUAUUAUAUCUCACAGCUCAUGAGCAAAGAAAAUACAUAUUUAUAUGAUAUUUAGCCACUUUUGUCUUUCAGCAAUGCUUUGGGACUUAGGGAUGACAAAAGAUACAUGUAUCUGACUCUAGUCUGUAACAUAAAAUUAUUUUGUCUUUAUAGUUUCAUAUCGACUGCUAGAAUCAUGUAUUAAUGUAUCUUAAGAAUCUUAAAGCUGGUUAAGAGCUGUAUAAACAUGUUUAUCCUAAUAUAUUUUAAAUAAAUAGUAUAUAUCUAAAUAAAUGUGUUCUUCUGAACCUGA